GUUUUAGUUUAUUUCUCUCUCACACACUCUCUUCAUUUACAAUGCUUCCAACAAAUCCUCCGGCCACUGGAGUUGGACUCGGUUACGGCAUCGCCAUCGCAGUGAGCAUCCUCAUCCUCAUCUCCACUAUAAUGCUGGCUUCAUACAUCUGCAUAAGGUCAAAAUCUGCUCCAAGAGACGGUGCCACGAGCGACGGAGUUCUUGACUCGCCGGCCGCUGAGGUGAAGCUCGGGCUGGACCGGCCUGUUAUAGAGUCAUAUCCAAGAAUAGUGCUUGGAGAGAGCAGAAGAUUACCAAGGCCCAAUAACGGCCCAUGUUCGAUAUGCCUAUGUGAUUAUGAAGCUAGAGAUCCGGUUCGGUGUAUACCGGAAUGUAAUCACUGCUUUCACGCUGAUUGUGUUGAUGAGUGGCUCCGGACAAGUGCCACGUGUCCUCUUUGUAGAAACUCACCGGCUCCGUCUAGGCUUGCCACACCAUUGUCUGAUUUGGUACCAAUCCCUAUUCAAAUCAGGUGAAAGGUCUUUUCAAUCAUAACAUUCCUUCAAAGGCUCCAAUUAUCUUACUCCUUUUUUUAUUUGUGGUUAGAGAUUAGAACUAGUGAGUAUUGUUAUGGUUCAAAUUUGUUAUAUUCCGUGAAAUCAUCAAUAAGAGUG